GGGGGGUUGCGAGGCUCUUGGAGGAUGAGUUCAUGACAGCUUCACUCGCUCCCAUAUCAAGGAGCAGCUGAGGACUGGGGAGAUUGGACAGCAGAGAGUGUGGAAGGCCUUGGGGACACAGGAUGGACAAGUAUCAGAUCAAGAGCAAGCUCGGCUCUGGAGGGUUUGCGACAGUAUGGCUGGGAGUGAGAAAGGCGGAUGGGAAGACAGUAGCGAUCAAGAAGAUUGCGUGCGAGAAUUUCGAUGAUGCCAACCAGGCGCUAUCCGAAGGAAAGAUGCUCUUGGAGCUUGAUCACACCCAUGUCAUCCAAUACUACGACUUCUUUCUUCACCAGGAGAGAGGAGAUACUGCAGGAGGAAGGCCGAAGAUGUAUGUUGUGCUCGUCAUGCAGUAUGCUCCCGAUGGCGAUCUCUUCUCCCGCCUCGAAAAAGCGCACAAGGAGCAGCGGCAUAUUCCCGAGGACACCAUACGCAAAUGGCUUCUCCAGCUCUGCAAAGCAUUGGAUUACAUAGCCGGCAAGAGGAUCAUCCACAGAGACGUCAAACUUGCCAACGUUCUGAUAGAUGGCGACAACCUCAAGCUUGCAGACUUCGGCAUCGCCAAGGUCAUGCAUGGAAAGUUCGCUCAGACCAUCGUCGGGGGAACGCCGUGCUAUAUGGCGCCGGAGCUCUUGUACAAGGAGAAGUACGAUACCAAGUCCGACAUCUGGUCCCUGGGCUGUAUGAUAUGGGAGCUCUCGUGCCGCUGCCUGCUGAGUCAGAACAAGGGAGUUCUUGGAGCUCAGGUGCUCAAAGAUCCUGGGAGGCUGCGGGAGAUGUGGAGCAAGAUGGAGCAGGCAAACCGAAGUUCCGAGCUGAUUCAACUCGUCAAAAAGAUGCUCCAGCCGGAGAUCGCUGAUCGGUGUACAGCGAGAGACAUCCUUGAAUCGAGCAUGUUCAGGCACCAGAAGGAGAGGGAGCAGAAAGUAGACUCGAUGACUGCUGGUAUGCAAACCCUCGGCCUGACAAGGGCUGCGGGAGACACGUACGUAGCACCAAGGGAGGAGAAGCCUGUCCAAAACCAGAUCGUCGACCGGCAAGUGAAGAGAGAUUUCCCUGCUGUGGAAGGCAACGAGAACGUGGGGUAUGAAGAGAGGCCUGCGGCUAACCGAGGGAGCCUGAACAAGGCCAACAACGAUCUGGGAUACAAACCAGCAGACGCGCUGUCUGACCAGGAGCUUGAUCGCCUCUGUGUGGAGGCGGAUCGAUACCAGCAGGCAAGGGACUACGAAAGGGCGGAGAGAUGCUUCAGGAAAGCGCUCGCGAUCAAUCCGAGACAUACGCGCAGCCUAUGCAACUAUGCCUACAUGCUACACGUGGGAAAGAGAGACUUUGCCAAGUCAGAGGAGUUGUACAAGUUGGCCUUGCAGGUUGAGCCCAACCGGACGGCGACGCUUUGCAACUAUGCCUACCUGCUCCACUCGGACCAGCGGCUGGCAGAAGCAAGAAAAAUCUUCAAGAUGGCAAAGGACUCAAAUCCUGGGCAUCCCUGGAUCAAGAAGAACGAGCAUCUCUUCUCUUAGCCAGUAAAUCCUCUACAGUUUCU